CAGGGAGGACUGCAACGGACUGGACUCAUUACUCACCCAGCCAUUGAACGGCAGGGAGGACUGCAACGGACUGGACUCAUUACUCACCCAGCCAUUGAACGGGGAUUGAACGCCAUGCGUUCACUGACCAGCAGGGAGGACGGCAACGGACUGGCCUCAUUACUCACCCAGCCAUUGAACGG